AUGGCUCAAGAUCCUCGAGUUCUCUUGCAAAAAGCCGACAAGGCACUUUCCGGCGCUGGAGGUGGCUUUAGCUGGUUUGGAGGACGUACCGAGAAGUACGAAAAUGCCGCAGAUCUCUUUUCUCAAGCUGCAAAUGCUUUUCGAGUCCAGAAGCUGAAUAAGGAGGCCGGACAAGCAUUUGAGCGUGCAGCUGCUAUUCAAACCCAGAACCUUAACGAACCCGAUGACGCUGCCAAUAGUCUCCAGGAAGCUUUUAAGGUCUACCGCAAGUCAGACCCUGAGGAUGCAGUCCGUGUGCUUUCAAGUGCGAUCCAACACUACGUACUGAAAGGAAACUUGCGUCGAGCUGCUACCCAGCAGCAGUACCUGGCUGAAGCUUAUGAGAUGGAACUGGGAGAUAUGAAGAAGGCGCUGGAUGCAUAUGAGAAGGCUGCAGAGUGGUUUGAGAGCGACAAUGCUGAGGCUCUUGCGAACAAGCAUUUCCUCAAGGUAGCAGACCUAGCUGCUUUGGAGGGUGACUACUACAAAUCAAUCCAGCACUACGAGCGCAUUGCCCGGCAAUCUAUGAACAACCAUCUCAUGAAGUGGUCUGUGAAAGAUUACUUCUUGAAGGGCGGUAUCUGCCACUUGGCUACCAAUGAUCUGGUCGAGACCAACCGAGCGUUGGACAGCUACAGAGAGAUUAACCCAGCUUUCGUCUCAGAGCGAGAACAUCAACUUCUCGUGGACCUUCUGCAGGCUGUGGAGAGCAAAGACCAGGAAAUGUUUGCGGAUAAGUUGUUCCAAUUUGAUCAGCUUAGCAAGCUGGACAAGUGGAAGACUACUUUGCUUUUGCGUAUCAAGAACAAUAUUGAGGAGGAAGAGGAGGACUUCUCCUAG